AUGCCUCUCGUAAAAGCUGUGCUUACAGGCGUACCGGCCGAUCGUGGAGGAAGUGCUAUUGAGGACCUCGUCGUACCUCGUGUGGUCGCACCACCCCGUACGUCAGCUAUCGGAGUAGAGCAGUGGACUCAUGGACUUGAUUCUACGAAUAUGAGUUUGGCACUGGAUGAGUUCUUUCGAAGAAAAGCCGUCAGAGACCUCGCUACUGAAAAUGGACUCAACAAUAAAUUAUUUGUUACAGCUUACAGAUCAUUUCGUGAAUACUGCCUCUGCGAAAAGGGAGGAGUUGAGCCAGCUCUAUUGGUGCUGUUUCAAGAUAUUAUUAAAGAUGGUCACGACGUCGAGAGCCUUUUCCCAUAUUUUCUCGCUCAUGCACGUAAAGUUUUUCCACAUUUGGAAGCUAUGGAUGAUUUGCGGAUGAUUUCUGAUUUAACGCAGCCGCACAAUUGGUAUCCUGAUGCUCGUACUGUUCAACGGAAGAUAAUUUUCCACGCAGGGCCGACCAAUUCAGGAAAGACCUUUCAUGCAUUGAAACGAUUUGGAGAGGCGAAGAGCGGAGUAUAUUGUGGACCCUUAAAGUUACUCGCUUCGGAAGUGUUCACAAGAAGUAAUGAACUGGGGAUCAAGUGCGAUUUGGUGACCGGUGAAGAGAGAAGGUAUGCUGUCGACAAUUUUCACCCAAGUGCGCAUCUCUCUUCGACUGUUGAAAUGUUGUCUACACAAAUGAGAGUGGAGUAG